AUGGCUGCUUUCCAUACCAGGAGCUCGACCCCAGAAAGCAUCAAGGCAUUUCCAAAGCAACGGCAUAGUAGAAAUGGACAAAGAGCCCGGAGACCUAGAAAUGAGUCCUCGCGCUCCUCACCGUCACGGGGUUCACCCACAUAUCAAAUACAAAGAGAGUUUCCAUAUCAAAUACCUACACCGAUUUCAACACCUAGCAGUUCCGCCCUUUCUCUCACACCACCCCUCGAGCACGGCAAUGGCAUUACGAUGGAACGCACCCAUUCCGGAAACUCCAUCUUAUCAGAUAAGCCAUAUAGUCCGCUGCCCGACAAUACGUUGACACUACGCGACGAGGAAGCCGCGCGGAGAGUCUCGGACCACUUCAGACAAGUGUCCUCCCAGCGGCGUUCCGAGCGAUCAAAACACGAGCGCAUCCUUCGCCGACUCAUUAGACUAGACCAUCGCCUCGACACCGAAGACGGUGAGAUCGACGACAAGUCACUCGCCGGCAUCGUGACAACAGCGGACUCUGUCUUCUUCGGCGGCGCGCUUGCUGGACGCGUGCAGUGGGACUGGUCAUCUGAAGAACGCUACCAAACUGAACUCAUCGGCACCACUGCUCUACGCCACUGUGCCGAUGGCAACGGGAUCGAGACGCUCAUCGUGCUCUCUGAACCCAUCCUCAAGAACCCACAAUAUGACCGUCGCCUGCUCCUGUCCGCAUUCCUGCACGAACUAGUGCAUUGCUACCUCUUUAUCCAAUGCGGAUUCGAGGCACGGAUCGAGGGCGGCCAUACCCCGGGGUUCCAUACCAUUGCGAGGAUUAUCGAUGAUUGGGUUGGCGGCGGCUAUCUCAGUCUGUGUAAUAUGAAGGCGAACCUAAGUCAUUUUCGGAGAGAUCGCUUCAGGGAUGAUCGGUGUGAGGGGAGGUGUAAUAGUACGCCUAGGCCCGAGAGAGGUCCUUAUGGGUAUACUUAA